UCCUCGAGCUAUAGCAGCAGACAUUCUCCACCGAUCUCUCUUUUACUCUUUCUACAUCCAAUCGCCUCACUCUUAGUCAAGCAAGCAAGGCUAGCUAGCUUCGAAGAAAUGGCGUCUGUUGCUGGAAAGCUGCACGUUUUGGUGGCUUGUGCCUUGCUGCUCCUCGCUGUAGGGUGCCAGGCCAGCCCUUUCUGGCCACUGGAGAUCGGCUACUACCACGACAAGUGCCCCCAGGCAGAGGCCAUCGCCAAGGGCGUCAUGGAGAAGGCCAUCUUCCAGAACCCCGGCAAUGGCGCCGCCAUGAUCCGCAUGCUCUUCCACGACUGUUUCGUCGAGGGCUGUGAUGCUUCUGUCCUCCUGGACCCGACCCCGUUCAGCCCGACGCCGGAGAAGCUCAGCCCGCCGAACGACCCUUCCCUGCGCGGCUUCGAGCUGAUUGACGCGAUCAAGGACGCCGUCGAGGCGGCUUGCCCAGGCGUCGUCUCCUGUGCAGACAUCAUCGCCUUCGCAGCCCGUGACGCGUCCUGCAUCCUCAGCAGGGGCAAGGUGAACUUCGACAUGCCGUCCGGCCGCCGCGACGGCACCUUCUCCAACGCCUCCGAGCCGCUCAAGUUCCUGGUCCCACCGACGUCCAACCUCAGCGACCUCGUCGCCAGCUUCGUCAUCAAGGGCCUCAACACGGAGGACCUAGUCAUCCUCUCCGGCGCGCACACCAUCGGACGCUCCCACUGCUCCUCCUUCGUCUCUGACCGCCUCAACACCCCCUCCGACAUCAAUGGCGGCUUCGCCGCGUUCCUGCGGGGGCAGUGCCCGGCCGACGCGACGCCUGGCGGUAACGACCCGACGGUGAUGCAGGACGUCGUGACGCCCAACAAGCUGGACAGGCAGUACUACAAGAACGUGCUGUCGCACACGGUGCUCUUCACCUCCGACGCGGCGCUCAUGACGUCGGCGGAGACGGCGAGAAUGGUGGUGGAGAACGCCAAAAUCCCCGGGUGGUGGGAGGACAGGUUCGAGAAGGCCAUGGUGAAGAUGGCCGGCAUCGAGGUCAAGACUGGCUACCAGGGCCAGAUCAGGAAGAACUGCCGCGCAAUCAACCACUACUAAUUGACAAGUGGAGUACAGCAGCUGCGCACGUUCGUACGUGCAUGCAUGCAUGUUGAAGGAUCACUCGAUCUCAAUGGUUUGCUUCAACCUGCAAGCGAGUUCAUGUUGUGAAAUUUAGCCAUUCUUUCACUGCACGCCUUUUUUGGCAUUCAUCAUUGUCGUAUAUUUUUUUUUCUGUGGUUAUUCCUUGGUUCAAUUCACGCAAGCUAUGGAAUUGUUCGUGUAUAUGGGUUUUGCAUGUUUGAUUGCGAAUCAAUGUUCUCUGUUGAAAUAAUAAAGUGAUGCAUGCAGCAUGUUUUGAACUGCAGAAAAA